GAAUGCAUUAAUACACCCAACGUACCCACCAUGGCUUUCUCUAUCCGACGAAUAUGUUUACGCUUCCAGAUAUCCCUGGCCGAUAUAAUGUGGGGUGUACUAUGUUUGCCGCAAGGUUGCCUAGUGAGGUGACCAUCCCGAGUUCGAAAUUCAGGCCAGAGAACAACCUACGACGCCCCCCAUAUACGCCUCCAUUAGUGCUGAAGGAAAUCGCUUUCACGGCGUAUUACCCAGCAGAUGUAAGCUCUCUGGGCACCCGUAAAUGUUGGCAGGGUCAUCAUAGAUAUCUGCCGUGGCUACCCAGACCUAUCAAGGAAGUCUUACGAGGAUACGCACAUUUUGGAAAUGUUUCCUUCUGGUUUGUAUACAUCUUAUGCCGCGCAUUUGUGUCCCAUAUAAAGUUCCCUGCGCAUCUGAAUGCACCUCUUCUAUCGCCAUUGGAACGAAAGGAUGAUCGUGGUCGACCUUGGCCCUUGGUGAUAUUCUCACAUGGUCUCGGUGGGACCCGUACGAGCUACAGUCAUUUCUGUAGCCGGCUGGCGGCACAAGGCAGAGUGGUACUCGCUAUCGAACACCAAGAUGGCACAGCCCCAAUCGUUACGCCGUUGUCGCCUGUUCCUGGUCUUGAGAAGGAGUUUCAACCUGAAUAUAGACUUUACACGAAGCUGGAAGAUGUCUACUGGGAUAACGAUACAGGGGACAAAUAUGCCUUCAAGGCCGAGCAACUUCUCUACCGUCGAUUGGAAGUAUACUUGAUGCAUAAGUUCUUCAAGCACCUUAUCGAAUCUGAUGAAACUACCCUGCCAAUUAUUCCUUCAUGCAACGAAGUUCAUACGGUUGAUGGUCCAUGGAACUUCAAUCUGAACAAUCGUCCUGAUGAUCUCGCCUUUUGGAAGAGCUGGCAUAUGGAUUCGCAGAACCCCGAUCGCAAAGUGGAGUGUAACAGAGAUAUAUCCCUUACGGGACAUUCUUUCGGCGGUGCCACCGUUCUUUCCAUUCUGUCAGAACCUCCACCAACGCUGUACGCUGCACAAUUUGACCCGAUACCAUUCAACCACGCUCUUGCGCUAGAUCCAUGGGUGGACCCGUUACCCUCUCCCGGCCCUUCCCCAUGGCAAGUGGAGGAAUCUCUCCGCCAUUCACCUACACCGCCAGAGCUACUCGUAAUCAACUCGGAGGACUUUACAUUCUGGGAUGAACAUUUUGACCGCCUCAAGCAGAUUGUUGAAACUUGGAACCAGUCCGAUAAUGUGGCCAAAGCUACACUGCUUACUAUAUUACGAUGCAAACACAUCUCGUUCUCGGACGUUGAACUUCUUUUACCUUUCGGGAGGCGGAAAAGGGCCGCUAGAAAGCUUAUAGAUAUCAUUUUCGAUCUUUCCGAUGCCUUUUUGGAUAAUCGCUUAGAAGAUGCGUUGCGGUACCACCAAUUGAGAGAUGACAAGACUGAAUGGGUCAGAAAACCGAAGAAGGAGAAGGAAGGCAAGCGCCGAUUGGUGGGUGAGCUUGGUGAUAUUGUACGUCAUGUCUAGACAUGCAUAUUUCUUGGAGAGGCCUUUACUACUCCAACAAUGAUCCACAGGGUUUCUUCAUUUGUCACUUUUCCCACAGGUUCGCUGGAUCGUUCUUAGGGUUUAGGUGACUGGCAGCCUUCACAAAUCCCUAGAGAGGAAAAACCGGCAUUCUUCCAUACGGGAUAGUUUUUAUCAUGGAGGCAAGAUGUUAAUACAGCAAUAUGAUCUAGCUUCUACAGAGCC